CUUUUUACAAAUUCCUCCAUUGUGAAAUUCUUCUAGUUAGCCCUUGUUUUUUUACAAAACACUCAAGAAACCGAUCAGGAUAGCAACUAAAGUGGAAAUAUAUCAAUAUAGUGUACAUUAUAAAAGUUGAAAGUGACAGCGGCAAUUUUAAUAAUUCGAUUUUAUCACAAUCUCGUUCUGUUCGUGCCGGCUUUUCACUUUUCAUUGCACUUCAUUCCUGAACAACAAACGUGCGCAUAAAUUUGAAAAUGAAUUUAGAGGCGGCACCGAAGAAAAAUAUACUAUUUGAUGAUCCCAGAUUUCGUAUAAGACCACUACAGCAGGUAGUAUCUGCCUGUACUGGAGCGCUUAUAACAGCAUGUUUCAUGACACCGCUGGAUGUUGUAAAAACCCGCCUACAAGCUCAACAGACCACCACCAAUAAGUGCUUCCUAUAUUGUAAUGGCCUUAUGGAUCACUUAUGCCCUUGUGAUCCUAAUAUGCCUAAUCAACUCAAGCCAGAGAAACGUUUGAAUGGCACGGUGGAUGCAUUUGUGAAAAUCGCACGUCAUGAAGGUGUCAGUUCGUUAUGGUCUGGCCUUAGUCCAACAUUAGUUUCAGCUUUACCAUCUACUAUUGUUUACUUUGUCGCCUAUGAGCAAUUCAAAAUGCAUGCUCUCGAAUUUCAUUAUAAAUAUUUAGCUGAGGUGAAGGGCUCGCCACGCGGCCGAGAGAUACCCUUCCAUAUACCAAUGCUCAGCGGUGUGUCAGCGCGUGUUUGUGCGGUCACCUUUGUGAGCCCCAUAGAGCUGGUUCGUACAAAGAUGCAGUCACAGAAAAUGAGCUAUAGUGAAAUGUUAUCCACUAUACGUUUGGUUAUGAGAACUCAGGGUUUCUUCGGUUUGUUUCGUGGUUUACCACCAACAAUACUGCGUGACGUGCCCUUCUCCGGUAUAUACUGGACAUGUUAUGAAAAUAUCAAAAGUAUGUUCGAUGUGCGGGAGCCAACAUUUGGAUUUAGCUUUAUGGCAGGGGCAAUAUCUGGCUCGAUAGCAGCGACCGUUACAACACCUUUCGAUGUUGUCAAAACUCAUGAGCAAAUUGAAUUUGGCGAAAAAGUUCUCUUUACAGACAAACCGGUAGCUAACGCUACUAACAUGAAUGUACGACAGCGCCUCUGGUCCAUAUAUCGUCUAAAUGGCGUUCGCGGCUUAUUUGCUGGUCUCUGGCCACGUUUGUUGAAAGUUGCACCAGCUUGUGCCAUAAUGAUUUCAACUUUUGAGUACAGUAAAUCAUUCUUUUAUCACUAUAAUGUAGAAAAACACAACGAGGCUCUAUUAAUGAUAAACCGGAAAGAGAAUGGUGCUUGAGUGAUAUUGUGAUAGUAUACAUUGGUUCAUGUUAAAAGCAAAAACUUAUAAUCCAAAGGAAUAUUUGUAGUAAAUCCUUAUUUCGAGAUUGAGAUAAGAGGGUCUUGUAGGUUGUGGAGUGGAAUGAAGUUUAAAUACAUUAUCCGAUUUAAUUU